UUGAAUGAGUGUGUAAGCAACAUGGCGGGGACCAGUUCUGUGGCCGGUGAAGUUUUUGUGGACGCUUUACCUUAUUUUGACCAGGGUUACGAUGCUCCUGGUGUCCGGGAGGCGGCCGCUGCUUUGGUGGAAGAGGAAACCCGCAGGUACAGACCCACUAAAAAUUACCUGAGUUAUCUUCCCACACCAGACUUCGCUGCAUUUGAGACCGAAAUAAUGCGCAACGAGUUUGAGAGGUUAGCAGCCCGACAGCCUAUGGAGCUCCUCAGCAUGAAGAGGUACGAGCUGCCCGCUCCCUCUUCGGGUCAGAAGAAUGACAUCACAGCCUGGCAGGAUUGCGUCAAUAACUCAAUGGCCCAGCUGGAGCACCAAGCAGUGCGGAUCGAGAACCUGGAGCUCAUGUCCCAGUAUGGCAGCAAUGCCUGGAAGGUCUACAAUGAAGACCUGCUGCACAUGAUUGAAAUGUCUCAGAAGGAGCUGCAGAGAUUGAGGAAGCAGAUUCAGGAUCUGAACUGGCAGAGGAAGAACGAGCAGCUGACGGGAGGCGCAAAACUGCGGGAGCUGGAGUCCAACUGGGUGUCGCUGGUCAGCAAGAACUACGAGAUUGAGCGUGCCAUCGUCCAACUGGAGAACGAGGUGUACGUGCUGAAGCAGCAGCAGGGAGAGGAGAACAAGGAGAACAUCCGGCAGGACUUCUGAGUCAUGGAGCCAGCACUGUGCACAGCAAUCCCAAAGCAAUCAAACUGGAAUUCCAGCAGCUGGACAGUGCUCUCACUUUCCCCAUGGAGCUCCUUACCUUGUUUUAGUAUAUGGUCUGAAGGCGUCAGCACUUCAAGAUUAUCUCCUUUGGACAGGACUUUAUCUUGGGCAGUUGCUUUUCUAUGUAGUUGCACCCCAGAUGUCAAAGGAGGUCGGCUAUUUAUUAAGUAUAAUGUUUGACAAACUGCCCUCUUCUUAGUAAUACCUUUUACUCAGUGAAUUUACUCAAUAAUCAAUUUGAAAUAGUGUCAUGGGUUUAAUCAGCAGCUGAAUGUUUUAAUAGUCUGCACCUCUGUAAGAUAAGUGGCUAUGUACUGUCUUUUCUCUGCACCCUGCAGGUUUGCCACUUGAACAGGGGGGUUGCUGGUGUUCACUGCUUGUGUUCUCUUGAGCAGAGACAGGAGUGUUGCCUUUCUUUCCUGCCAGCCUUUGGAAGCUAAUAGGAAGUGGACUUUAUUGACUCAUGAUUGCACAAGACCUUUAAAUCUCACUUCUUCAGCAGCCCUUUUUAAUGAUGUUUUUGGUUUGAAAAAUGAAUUCUCACUUUUUAUACUAUAGGUAGCAAGUUCUGAAAAUGACCAAAUCCUUUUUGUUUCAGUGGAUGGUUUAUAUCACUAACUCUUUGUUAACUAAUAAAGCUCCGAGUCUGAAGCAACGCUGAAGCUAAAUACUCAUACCUUUUGGCUCAGACAUAUUUUGAAGUUGAUUUCUUUGUAAUAAAAAUGUCAAAAUUUAAA